AGUAAGUUGGAGCUCGGCCGACUGGCAGUUAGGCAGGCAGCAGACACACGAGCAAUCGCAUGAUGUGUUGUGUUUGUUGUUGCGCACAGCCUUCGCCGCCGACGCUGUCCGCCACGGCGACUGGAAGUUUGUAAACGCGCUCGGAACGGAACGGCGGCGCCACUGCUGCUGGCCGUGCUCCUGGUCGAGUGUUUCGUUCGAAAUCAGUUUGAUUCGCUCUACCUUAGCUAAACGGUCGGGUUCAGGUGGUCAGUGGCCCGCUGGGAGUACCACAUAUAGAGUGCUGCUGCUUGGGCAAGAAUUCAUUGAAAAUAUCCACAUAAAAUAAGAAAAUAUAAAACACAAAGCAAAAAAAAAAUGAAAGAAAAUUUGUACUAAACAGCCAAGCCAAGCCAAGUACAUGCUCAACAAAUCAACGGCCAAGUUAGCAAUCACCACAAAACGACAACCAACAAAUGCGUUAAUAUGUAUGUAUGAGUGUAUAUGUUCAAUGAAAUGAAAAGUGGCAAGCAAAUACAGAAGUGAAAAAAUGCAGUGAAACCAAAAUGAAACCAAAAUCGAAUUCAAUUCAAUUCCAGCGACAAGUGCAUAAAAUGAAAGUGUGAAAAGAAGAAGUAGAAGCAGCGACAGAAGCAGCAAAAUUAUUAUCGAAUUCCGCAUUUGUGACAACAGUGCAAUGCCUUCAACGAAACAACGUUAACACAUCAACAUUCUCGAAAAAAGCAUAAAUAAACAACAACAAUAACACCAAAUUAAGCCGCGCAGCGUUUGCAACCGCAAAAAAUAAUUUAAAUCGACAACAACAACAACAAACGCAAUAGAAUACAUCAGGUGCGUUAUUCAAUACGCGAAGCGCAUACAAACCUACAAGUAUAGUGAUAAUGCGCCAGUAAGCGAGUUGGACUCAGAGGCAUAGCCCAUAAAGGUUGCAUUUUCUUCGGGCGUACGUGCAACGCAUACUGCCCCAGAAAGUGUGCGGCUUAUGGCAGAAUCUCGCAUUUCUCCGCGAUUCGCUUUCAUUCCAUACACCUACGAAGCAACAGCUACCAGCGGACACCACAAAAUCUAAGCUGCAUACAUACAACUACGGACAUUGGAUUGCAGGUGCGCCAACGCCAGUGUUGUUGGCAGAUAGUAGAGUGCAUUUGCAGCGUUGACAGUUGAACACAACGAAAUUGACGCGUUGACAGGCAACGGCUGGUGCUGGUGCUGAAGAGGCGGGUGGGCCAACAAAGACUAGGCGGCUAGUGGGAAUCUACGCGGCGUAGCGACGCAGGGCGUGCACAACUGAAAGGACUACACAAAUUAUAAUGUCUUGUACAGUUUCAGAGCUGCCUUCGGGAUGUCACCUGCGUGGCAUGGGCUCCACCACAUCCUCUGCGGUAGCGACGGUGGCGACCAAAGCACAAAGUGGUGGCGGUGGCGGCGGAGGCGGUAGCACAUCGAGUACAGGUGGUGGCAGCAAUAGUGGCGGUCUCAAUAAGGGCGGCGGCAUACACGUGGGCGGCAUGCUGAGCACGACGAGCGCGCUGGGUGUGACAACAACGAGUUCACGUGGUGGUUCGGCGGGGAAUGCGGGGGCGAGUUUACUGCCCGAGACGUUGAUGACGACGACGGCGAUGACGACCAGCACAACACAACGACAGCAGCAGCAACAAUCACAGAAACCCUGCUGUUUUUGCUGGUGUUGCUGUUGCUCGUGCUCGUGGGCAAAGUGUUUGGCAAUAAAAAAUGCGGAAGACAAUGCACCAACAAGACGUGAUCCAGCGAGCGUGGAUUUGCUUUUGGACGGUGAACAACCCAGUCUCGAGGAAAUACGAAGUUGGGGUAAAAAUUUCGAUUUGCUAAUGAAAAAUGCGACUGGACGCAAAGUGUUUCGUGACUUCCUACGCAGCGAAUUCAGCGAAGAGAACAUACUGUUUUGGCUUGCCUGCGAGGAGCUGAAAAAGGAGAGCAGUCCCGAAGCGAUCGAAGAGAAGGCGCGCCUCAUCUACGAGGAUUACAUUUCGAUAUUGUCGCCGCGUGAAGUAUCGCUGGACUCGCGCGUACGAGAGAUCGUUAAUCGCAAUAUGGUGGAGCCGACACCGCAUACCUUCGACGAAGCCCAAAUACAAAUCUACACGCUCAUGCACCGAGACUCAUAUCCAAGAUUCCUCAACUCGCAGAAAUUCAAAGCGCUGGCACAGUUGCAAGACGGUAGCUUAUCGGCAGCGGCUUCCACAACAGACAGUCCCACUUAAGAGCGCGCAACGGAACGCUCUAGCAGAGUGUCAAUGUUUGCUGAGCAAACAGAAGCAAUUGCUUAAACUAGCUGGGCGGGAAAAGUGUUGAAAGAAGGCGGGCGCUAAUAAAAGUAAGAAACUAAGAAGCACAUCCAAAAAAAUAGUGAUUAGGAGAAUAAGUUGCAUGCAACGCUGUAACUCAAGUAGGGGCGCGUGAAGCUGGAGGGAAAUAGCAAACAAAGAAAGAAACAAUAAAGCGUGUUCGCACAGGGCUUGAGAAAUGCAACAACUAAGUAUAUAAGUAGCUACUAAGCUCUAGCCCUAGACACAAGUAAGGACUAAGCGUUUAAGCAGUAAGCAUUAAGCACUAAUGUCUAAGGGUACGACUUAAGGAUCUACUACACCUAGAUAUAAGAUUGAAGGUUUGCUACAAUAUUUAGUUUCCUACUAGGGUCUAAGCGUCAAGCGGAAUACUUAAUACUUACUUACAUACGUACUUACGUACCACUGACUUAUUUACUUAUGUACUUACAUACUUACUGAGUUAUUUUUAUAUAUGCAAGCAGCGAAUUCGCGCAUGAUCGGCAGUUAAGUGUAUGUAUGUAUGUAUGGCUGCGUGCCAAAAUGCAAAGCAGAGUACCGUUACUACAGCACUGUUGCUUGCAACUUGCACACGCAUGCGUCAAAUAUCUCGAAAGCUAAAAGAUACUAACACAUACACAUAUGAGUGUGCUUUAACAAUUUUAUACCACAUUUCCACGGUUUUUAAAAAAUAGUAUUUUCGAAAAAAAAAAUUAAAAAAAAAUUAAAAAAUGAAGCAAUAUAUAAUUCCUUAAAAAUAUAAAUAUAUUAAAUGACAAACCGUUUAUUAUGAAAAAAAGUAAUUGUAAAUGGCAUAGGCACAAAUAUUAAUGGAAAUCAAGGGCACAAAGCGAUUUGCGGGACUUCGAGCAGAAGUGUGUGGGUGGGAAAAGAAAAAAGAAACACAACAAAUAAAACAUUCUAACGAAUUGUAUGCGCACAAAUUACAUAUGUAAUGCCAACUGGCUACAACUCAUGCCUGGAAACCGUUAGCAAACAAAAGCAAACAUUAAAAACCGAAAAAAAAACAAAACCAAAGUUAUAUAAAUGUGCAGUAAGUAAGGAAAACGCAACAAAAUAUAAAAGUGCAAAUCACGAGAUUAUAUGUUUAGUGUGUAUGUAAAUGAAAUCUAGUCAGCGCGACUGUUUGUAAUGAAUUGGUCGCCAUAAGCGCGCCAAGAAAUUGUUGUAGCAUGCUUCUAGGCGCCUGGGAGGCAUUCAAGGUGCAAUAAUGUUGAUUGUUACAUAUGUAUCUACGCUCAAGAUGCGGGUGGCACAUAUUUUUUAAAAAUAAUAAACUAAAGUGGUUAGUUGUCAUUUGUUUAUUAAAUAUAUAUUUAUAAAAAAUAUAUAUUUUUUGAAAAUAAAUUUUUUUUAACUGACAGAAUGUUUUUCUUUGUUAAACUAAAGUGGUUUUUAGACAUAUUUAUGUAAUAAAUAUAUAUUUCUGCUCAUUUUUUAUGUCUUAACAAACUGGAGGCAUGUAUUUGGGCUAUUUAUUUUGGUAGUUAUAACUAUACGUUUUAUGUGUAAUAGCCGAAAAAUAAUUUUCUUUUAUUUAUAAUCCCGUCUAGAUAGAAAAUCGAGAUUAAAUAUGUUUUUAACAAGCUGAUAAUUAGUGCAUUUAUUCAAAAGAUGUUUAAGAGGCUAUACCAGUGUAACCCAUGAAAAAUUAGACGAUUUUCGUUAUUAAUUUUAAAAGAAAAUAUUUGAACGAAUGUUUGAAAGUUCUUUAGACAUAAUAUAGUAUAUUUUUAUCUAUUUUUUAAGAUUUUUUUUUUACAAAAAUAUUGAAAAAUAACGGAGUUAUGUGCUGUCUUCGGAAGUGCCAAAAAAUAAACAAGUUUCCCAACUGCUGACAUGAUUCCGGCCGAAUGCGUAGUUGAGACAAAAAAGUUCAAAAAAGGUUAUUAAAGUUGAAAGUAUUUCCUAUACAAAGACCUACGUUUUUUUCAAAAAUAUUAAAAAUUAACAAAAUUGCGUAGUUAGGAAAAAAAGUGUCGUUUUUUUAGUAAAAAAGUUGUCUUUUCUUAAUGCUAAAUUGACAAUUUUCAACCAAUCAAAACAAUCGGUGGUCAUUGUAUAGUAAAUAUAUUCAAGAAUAGUCAGUUUUAAAGUCGGUCGGUCAUUUUCUCGUUUAAUCUAACAUCAUAACUAUAUUUUGAAGAAUUUCGUUUGCAGAAAAUUUUUCAAUUAUCAAUCAAUUAUUUACCUGCGAGCGAUUGCUCUUUAGAACGCUGCCAUUAAAAACCUAUUCCAGAUACGAUCUUACCGAUUUCAUUGGAUAUUUUUGAAAUUAUAAAAUACCGAGAAGGCAAAAAAAUCGAUUAUUUUUUUGAAAGUGUCACACUGGUACAGCACCCUAAAAGAAAUAAAAUGAGCAUACUGCGAGUCCUCAUCAUUUCGAUAUGUGAAAAAAUACUCCAUAUUAAAGUUCAGAAAUAGUAUUCAGCAAUUUUUUAUAAAUAAUUUUAGGAUAAAUAUUCGUCUAAUAUAUUUUUUUGUUUGAUAUAUGUAGCUUAGCGUUUAGUUCAACAUUUAUAAAAAUGUUUUUUGAAAAAUGUUUGACCUUCAACCACAAAUAUAUUUUUCCACAUAUCAGAGCGAUGAGCAGUUUUGGAAUGUAAAUGUUUCAUCAUGUUUUGAACAUAUUCACUAACUUUUGGCUUGUUGUUGAUUUUUGUAACUUCACUCAUAUUUCUAUCUAAUUUUACCGGAUUAUUAGAAAUACUUUUAUUAUUUAGACGAUUUUCGAUGAAGCUAAACUUUAUUUAACUUUUAAUUAAAGCAGUUUCUAGUAGAAAAUAUAUUUCAAGUUCAGUGCUAAGGCACAUGUAUUUAUAUAAAUCGAAGGUACAAAUUAUGACCACUCUUGAGCAGUCGAAAAAGUCUCUUAGUAUUUCUAAUCAAACUUCAACUUAUUUUUAUAUUUAUACCAAUAAAAAAAUAAACAAAUAUGUACCGUUUGGGUCGACCACUUUUUGCCAUCUUUGCGUUGUUUGGUGUCACUGGAGAUAUACGAAAAGACUUUUUCGACUACCCAAUAUAUAGAGAGUAUUCAAAUGAGCUACUAACCGCCUUCUAAAAUUAAAAAAAAAUGUGUUUGUCUUUUUUUUUUCUUUUUUUUCUUUAUAAAAAAAAUUGUUUUUCAUUUGCUAAGUGCCAUUCCACCUUGUGCGUAUUACAAAAGAAAAAUUGAAUUGAAACGAAAGCGAAAUCUUAUAAUUCCAAUAAUUAUUUACGACUAAACAAUUUAUGUUACUUAGUUUAUAAAUUAAAGAAAUUAAAGUUACAAAGAAUUCCGAGCUAGUUAUAAAUUUAUCUGUUAUACACAUGCAUAUUUGUGUGCAUAUUUUUUUUACAAUGCCUGCAAGGUAACUUGUUUGUUAGCGUUACAUUUUUGUUGUUGUUAACUUAAAAAAACAAAAUAAGCGGUUUUUUGAUUUUUGUUUUCAUUAAAAAAGUGAGAGUUAUAGUUUCACGAAAACUUGGCUUCACGCAUUUGGUGCGUGGCAACAACAGCAAUCACAGCAACAAAAACAGCAACCGCAACAUUAGCCACAACAACAACAACAAAAACAAAUGAAUUUUUACAUCGAAAGCAUUUUGUAAAUACUUAUGAUGAUGAUGGUUUUUAAUUUCCAAAACUAAAUUGUGCUACUAAAUAAUGCAUAAUGCAUAAUGAAUGAUGAUUAUGAUGUAGUCAAUAUGAAAUAAUUACAAAUAUAAUUAUAAUAAUUACUGUACCUACUAUAUGUAUAUGUACGCAUUAUACGAUUGUAUUAUUGUAAUUAUAUAUGAUUUGUUUUUUAUAAAAAUAUAAAUGAGCAUAGUAAAUAAAGGUACAUGAAUACUUAGUUAUAGCAAAGUGAAAAUGUAUGUAAAUGUAUUUAUUAGUAAUUAUAUAUAUUUAUGAAUUUAAUGGUUUGCCUAAGUCAAGUAGUGCAAAAAAUUUAGCCAAAUAAUGAUAAAAAAUUAAAAAAAAAAAAUCAUAAAUAAAACAAAAACACUUAAAAGCCAUUAAUGCAUAAAAAAAUUACAAACUUCAUACCAAAAACGCAAACCAAAAAUAAAAUUGUGAAAUUAAUAAUUACAAUUAAUAUUUAUUUUAUUAUAAUUUAUUUAGGAAAAUUUCUUGAAAUAUAUUCAUUUCAUUUCAAUUUCUACAAAAAGUAACAUAUUUCGUUUUUUUUCUUUUAUUUUUAUAAUUUUUAUUUAUUAUAAUUAUAUUAUUGUUGUAUGCAAGGGAGUGCUGCAAUUCUAGCUGGUUUUAAGGCUAGAAAAAAUAUCGUUCUUGUUACAUAAAUGUAAAUACAUUUUAAAUAUAUUGGGUCGUUCACGAUUUCAUAUUCUGUAAAGCUUUUUAUGAAAAUAUUUAUUCUGUAAUUUGAUCUAUUUUUCAGACGAGAUCAUAACAUUUUUGAUACUUCCGGGCAAAAAGCUGAGUUUUUUACAUGCUGAUUUGAAGCGUCGGUUUUCCCAACCAAAAAAUUUUGCAAAGACUGGAAGAAGUUAUGGUUCGAAGGUACCUAGUCUGGAGAAUAUGCUGGGUGUGGUAACACAUGUCAUUCAAACUGCAAAAGCUUUUGACAAGGCGACUUUUAUGCGGUCUCGCAUUAUUCUAAUGGAACACUACACCUUUUCUAUUGAUGGAUUCUGGUCUCUUCUAUUUAAGUGCAGCACUCAAUAUGUCCAGCUGAUUACAAUACACUUUAUAGGUAGUCAUGAUAUUGUUGCUUUUUUUUGCUUACUAUUUUUUUUUUGCUUACUAUUCGCCUUGAAAGUUGUUUGAAGUGAUUUUUCCAAGAUCUCUGACUCUUUACAUUCUUGUAAACAACCCACUUUUCGUCGCCAGCAACAAUACGCUUCUAAAAUGUAUUACCUCUGUGACGUUUGAUAAGCGAAACACAGUCGUUAAUGCAACAAAGCAAUUUUCGUUCUGUAAAAACGGGUUCCCAUAUGUCAAGCUUCAAAAUUAAUCUUCGACUUUGUGCGCUAUUUUAAAUAAUUUAAGAUAUUUUUUUUACAAACACGGCUUACUAUAUCAGCUGCUUCAAUAUAUAACGGUAAAACGGUUAAGUGUGAAAUUGGCUGUGAAAAAAUUCAAUAAGAUCUGCUAUUGUCAUCAUACGAAAUUACUUAGUGAACGACCUAAUAUUUUCCUUUAAUUAUCAUCAUGUUGACGUUGCCAUCAGCAUAUGGUUGCAGCUUCUUCCUGAAUGCUUGAGUGGUACCUUUCUUAAAUAUUUUCUGGAACAUUAGAUUAUGGAAAUCAUGCUAGAGAGACAUAUCUUUCUCGAAAGUGUGCGAAUUCUGUACCUAUCCUAACUAAACUAGUGCAGUUUCAUAUGAUCGUAUAGAUUUUGUCAUAAUAGCAAUCGCACGUACAGUAUUGCAAGUGGGUUUAAAAUUGCCAAAGAGAUGAUCGAUGAUAAUUCGUUAUCCUUUGGGUCAGCCUCAAGAUGCGGUGAAAUCUGAAAAAUAGUAGAUUUGGACAUAAUAUUCAACCAUUUGGAAAUUUGGCAAUCAUAUAGCUUCAAAACUAAGAAAGUUCGGAGCAAGAACUAUGAGGUCUCGUGCCAAAGUCACUAUGGUAAUUCUAACGGUGAGACGCGGAGCUUUCAGAUAAUGUGGUUAAGCCACGUCGCCUGGAGCAUCUACUUCGCUUUCAGCCUGAAAAAAUGACAAAAAGAAGAAUUUGGUUGGAUUACUCUCAAUUUUAACUGGUUAAUAAUUUCAUAUUUGAUUUCAUUGAGCACUUUUUAAUUUCAGUAUUCGUUCAAAAAUUAUCUAGAAAAAUAAUAGUAAAACAUAGAAGCAAAUUUGCGAAUUAUCAGCAAAUAAAAACACACACAUAAACGCAAAUAUACUUGAAUUCACUGCCAAAGCGCAAAUAAAAUGUGUACGUGCUAAAUAUUAAAACUACAUAAUAACAACAACAACAACAUAAAAAGUGUAUUAAUAUUAGAAAAAUAACAAAAAAAAACAAGAAAAAGUCAGAAGUAAAAUAAAACAAAAAAAAAAAAAAAUAAUUAUAAUUCUCAAAAACCCUCACUUUUAUUUCAUUAAUGAUAGCUCAAAUUUAGAAUAUAUUUUCAAUAAUUUUUACUUAUUUCAGUUUUAUCACUUUUGUCUACUUCUUAUUUUUAACUUUGAAUGUAAAUCAUUAAAAAUGUUGCCUAAAAUUAUAAAAUACAAUCUAAAAAUAUUUAUUUUUCCACAAAAAAAAACAAAACGACAAAAAAGUAGCUUUUUUCUACCACACAAUGAACAAAAACUUUAAAAGUACAUAUAAUCUGUGUUGUUGUAUUUCGAAAAUAUGCAUACAUUAGAAUUAGAAGCAACCACACACACACCAGCACGCAAUGUAUUAUAUAUGAAAAAAGGAAUUGAUUGACACAUGUACAACCGAGUACAUGACUAACACUCGUAAGUCGAGCAAAAAUAAAAAAAAUUAAACUGUUAUUAGAUUUAGCACAUAAAAUUAUAAAAGAAAAAAAUAAAAAAAAAAAAUUAAUUAAAAUUAAUAAAAAAUUAAUUAAUUAAAAUUGGCAAAAAAAAUUAAUUAAGUAAAUUAACAAAGGAAACAGAAAAAAAUUAGUAAUUAAAAUUGACAAAAAAAUAAAUUAAUUAAAAUUGACAAAAAAAUUAAUUAAGUAAAUUAACAUAUAAAGACUAGGCGAAUAUGUGAUGUGACCAAUAAACAAUUGAUGCAAAUAAAUUGGCUACAUCUUUACCCAACUAUAACGGUAAACAACUUUCUAAAACUUUUCAAACACUCUACUGACAGCACAAAAUAUUAAAAAAAGUAAAAAGUAUGUUAAAAAAUUUCAAAAAUAUUUUUUUUUUUUUUUUG